CGAACAGCUUAGGUCAUACAUUUUUGACCAGCAUCGGGGUCGCAGGCGUUGCAAAUAAAGGGAAAAAAAAGUUUAGCGCGGUCUCCCGGGCCUGGUUGGCGCUUCUGCUGAAAUGCGCGAUCUGCUCUGCUUCCUCAAAUCCUGCUGAUUUUGUGCCGGAUGGAAAUGUGGCUUUUAACGUGGUUUGCUGGUUUGUUUUAGUGACGGGAAAGUUGCGUUAGAAUCUGCCGUUCAGGGUUUGUGAAUCCGGCGGCCAGCUUUUUGUUUUACCCUUUGCGGGGAGCGGGGAGGGUGGAUUUGCGUUUUCCUCAUCAAUUGUGUUUGAGAUGUAAUCAUUAUUUCAUACGCUAGCCAUGCGCAGUGAGGCUUUUCGAAACGGAGGAAAAAACGAAUAACCCUUGCAAUCCCUCCUUAUGAAUCCAAGACUCUGAAGCAGCGUUACAGCUAAGAUACUAACGCCGACUGCAAAUACAUGAAACAGCUUAUUUAGUAACCCCAUCAAAUUAGCUACCAUUAUGCAAAGCAGAGAAUUACAACAGCGAGAGGCUGACUGGAUUUUUUAAACCGCCGAGGCGCAUUUUACCGAAUAUUUCAUGAACUACCACCGCUGCGGCUCAAUGUUUUUAGCAUUGUGGCUAAACGCUACUACAUCAGUAGCGUACCGGCCAAGUUAACUUGGUACAGUUAGCCUGCUGUUCACCUUUGUUUCAUACAUGAAACACUGGCAUUGAACAGGUUAAAGAAGCAGGAUUCAUAGAUUUACACUGCUGCUCACAUGCUUAUGUGUAUUAUUGUACUUUACAAUACAGUUGGUUGGUCGUCCAUUGUGAGCCAAAGAAGGGUUUUGAACACUGCAUAGGCCUGUGGGCUACAUUCAAUAAAGAAACAUACAAAAACGUUUUCCGGUGUAUAUAUUUAUAAAUAUAUAAGGGGGUAAGCUUAUGAAUAUUAGAUUAUACAUUUGUAAAGGAGGUUACUAGUCAUUUUGCUUGAAAUAGGAUGCACUAAUAGGCAGUGUUUCAAAGGAAAAUGGAGAAAAAUGACUUUAUCACAUCUUUCUUUUGUUCUUGUAGGCAUUUAUCUAAUGUCCUUGCACUUGAACGUUCCUCAAAUGCAGACAUAUUGCACAGACAGAACACUGUUUUAAAUAGUGGGAGAUACUUUUUCACUAGUGUGCAGCUGCUUUCAUUCAUUCUCUUGUCUUCCAGACUCUGUUUGGCCAGAUCACUUGAGAGACAGUAAGGCAACUCAACAACACUCAAAAAUCAGACCAUGCCACAUGGUGAGCAAGCCCCCAUCAGAUAGCACCACAGAACUGUAUUGAUCAUGAGACCUUGCCAAAUUGUAGCUAAGCUUUCCUAAGUUAAAUUAGAGAAAACUUUACUACAUAAGUGAAAGGUAGCUAAUUUGAGGUCUCAUGCAUGCUGAAUGGCUUGCCUGAGUGGUUGUGGACAGUGGCAGCGCUUCUGUGCUGUAUGUUAGAGCUCAGUUAAUUGGCCUACUGGUCGCCCAGAUCUGUUCCUCACCUCUCCCACCAGAAGCAUGGAAACAUGGCAGGAGAAGCGGAGUAUUCAGACUAUGAAUCUGCGAUCAGUGUUCACUGCUGAACAGCAGCGCAUCCUUGAGCGUUACUAUGAAAAUGGCAUGACUAACCAGAGCAAGAGCUGCUUCCAACUCAUUCUGCAGUGUGCCCAGGAGGCCAAACUUGACUUCAGUGUGGUCAGGACAUGGGUAGGCAACAAAAGAAGGAAGCUGGCCUCCAAGGCAGAUAAGAAUGGAGUGGUCGGCCUCUCUAACCAUGCCCUUGCCGGGCCUGCUGGGGCUCUUGUUGCUGGAUCAGUAUUAACAGCAGAGAUGGCUGCCGUGCGAGCUGUCCAGCGUGGUCCAGCCGUGGCUCACCUCCUCCCACCGCCAGCCUCCUGCCCUUCUUCCUCUUCCUCACCCUCCUCUUGUUCACCACUCAGCAGUGGCAGUGGAACUAAUAAUAAUAACGAUGUCAUAGUGACGGGCACAUACUCUCUCCUGCGCAGCGCCAACCGCCUAGACUCUUCAUCUCAAAGUCGAACAGGGCCAAAAGCUGUGCCCACACAGUCUGAUCCUGAACCAAGUCCACAGGCUCGUCCAGCCUUACAUCCAGACGCAGUUUCCCUCCACUCUGCUGCGAUAGCCCUCCAGCGCAAAGCUCCCCACAUCCCGACCUCCAGUGCCCUGUUGUUCAGCCAGAUGAGGAGGACGUUCUCGCCUCGAGAACCAGUGGCUAUCCCUCCCAACUGGGCAAAGCAAUAUGGUACACCUCAGAACCAGUCAUGGCCAAGCAUUUCUCACCAACAAACAUUGCCAAUACGCAACAGCCCCCCAGCCAGUACCUCAGAUAGUGGGCUUAAGAUCCAACAAGUGUACACCAUUGCCGGGUUAGGGGAAGCCUCGCAACGAUCUAAUCCUGGGACCAGUCAGGAUCGGAGUUUGAAAAAACCACACCCACCUGAUACAUCAGAGACGUUUUCGAUUGCCAUGGAAACAGGUGAUGUGGAGGAUGAGUAUUCUCGGGAAGAGGAACUGGCUAACAUGGGUGCCCAGAUUCAACUCAGCAAAUCCACCAGUAGCAGUGUUAGCACAGCAGAAGGCAACAGGAACUCGUCAAGCGGGCCUUCCUUGAUCGAUAGCCGGGGUAUGUACGCUGUGACUGGAAGGAACCAGUCGACUGCACCACUCAGUUCCCCAAACUCUGCCCUAUUUGGAGAGAAAGGGUGUCAAACCAACAGUUCUUUACUACUCGGUACAGCUUCUGGUGACGGUUACCCAUUCAGGCUCUUCUCACAGACCUCUCCGACAAGAAUACCCACCCUGAAGGUAAGUAGCAUGUCGGCUCCCUGGCUUCUUAGCAACUCCCGUAAAAGAACACUUCAGGACAGGACGCAGUUUAGCGAUGGGGACCUGUACACACUGAAGAGGUACUGGGACAAUGGGAUGACCAGUCUGGGGUCUGUGUGCAGAGAGAAGAUCUCAGCAGCAGCCACUGAGCUCAACGUGGACAGUGAAAUCAUUAAGACUUGGAUUGGUAACCGCAGGAGGAAGUAUCGACUGAUGGGUAUUGAAAUUCCACCUCCCAAAGGAGGCCCAGCAACCUUUCCUAAAGUAGCUAGUGCAGAGCCCCCUUCACCUCUGACCCCUGAAGAGGAUGAGCCUAGGAUCUUAAAGCCUGCAGAAGAUAGUGAACAGAAUGAUGUUGUGUCACUCUGCAUGUCUGAAGAUGGAACGAGUGACUCUUACCUGAAAGAGAAUGACGAUGGGCAUGAUGGCUCUACUAAUUCUGCCCUUGCUGAAAAUGUGAAGAUUGAAAUAAUUGAUGAAGAAGAAGAUGAUGACGACGACGACGAUGAUGGCGAGUUGAUGGCCACAGAUAUGGAACAAAUGCAUAGUCUUUUAGAGUACAAACAUGAAGAAGUCCAGUACCUUGAGAGCGAGCUAGAGAACCAAAAACAGAAGUACUAUGAGCUGAGGACCUUCACCAAAAGCCUACUGAAAGCGAUGAAGAACAAUGACCUUGAGAAACAGCAGGAACUGUUAGCCAGCCUACCUCAACAAGUGGAAGAAGACUUGGGGCUGAGUCCGGAGCGGGACGCGGAGUCCAGCAUGGAGAUGACCUCCAGCCAGAAGGAUUCCUCUGUAUCAGAGGGGGAGGGGGACACACACUCACACACACUCCACACCGUGCCUGUGGAAGCUUACAAGUAAUAAUGGACCUGCUGCGGCCUUUUUUACCGCAUAUCAGACAGUCUUCUCGGGUGGAUCCAGUACUCCAUCAAUAAAUGACACUAACUUGA